GGCAGGCGCGCGGCGAGAGUCGGCGCGAGCCUCUUCCCUCACGCGGCCGCGGCGCCGGACCCGGAAGUAGUGGCCGUCGCGGCGGCGGCGGCGGCGGCGGCGGCGGGAUGGGGGAGUCGAUCCCGCUGGGCGCGCCGGUGCCGGUGGAGCAGGCCGUGCUGGAGACCUUCUUCUCCCACCUGGGCAUCUUCUCCUACGACAAGGCCAAGGACAAUGUGGAGAAGGAGCGGGAGGCCAACAAGAGCGCGGGGGCCAGCUGGCUGGCCCUGCUGGCCGGGCUGGCGCACCUGGCCGCCGCCGAGAAGGCCUACCACAGCAUGACCUUCCUGGGCCAGAAGCUAGGUGGUCAGUCAUUCUUCAGCCGAAAGGACUCCAUCCGAACCAUCUACACAUCUCUGCAUAAUGAGCUGAAGAAGGUGGUGGCGACGGGUCGCAAUGCACUAGGAGGAACAGCUCCUCACUUGGAAGAGCUGCUUUCUCACCUGUCUGAACAGCUCUGUUUUUUUGUUCAGGCUCGGAUGGAAAUUGCUGACUUCUAUGAAAAAAUGUACACGCUCAGCACCCAAAAGUUCAUUAACUCUGAGGAACUGGUAAACAUUUUGGAAUCCAUCUUAAAGAAAUACAGCUCAAGAUUUCAUCAUCCAAUCCUCAGUCCUCUUGAAAGCAGUUUCCAGCUGGAAGUAGAUGUGCUUGCACAUCUCUUAAAGGCUCAGGCUCAGAUCUCAGAGUGGAAGUUCCUUCCAUCCCUGGUCAACUUGCACAGUGCUCACACAAAACUACAGACUUGGGGCCAAAUUUUUGAGAAGCAGCGAGAGACCAAGAAACAUCUGUUUGGAGGGCAGUCUCAGAAGGCUGUACAACCUCCGCACCUCUUUCUGUGGCUGAUGAAGCUCAAAAACAUUCUCCUUGCCAAGUUUAGCUUUUACUUUCACGAGGCCCUCAGUCGCCAAACAACAGCAUCUGAAAUGAAAACUUUGACUGCUAAAACAAAUCCUGAUUACUUUGGGAAAAUUUCCAGCUUCAUCCGGAAGUAUGAUGCCGUCAAUGUUUCCUUAAUUUUUGACAAUCGUGGAUCGGAGAGUUUUCAGGGACAUGGUUAUCAUCAUCCCCAUUCUUACAGGGAAGCCCCCAAAGGCGUGGAUCAGUACCCUGCAGUGGUGUCUCUGCCCAGCGACAGACCUGUUAUGCACUGGCCCAAUGUAAUCAUGAUUAUGACUGAUAGAACCUCUGACCUCAACAGUUUGGAGAAGGUUGUUCACUUCUACGAUGACAAAGUCCAAAGCACGUACUUUCUGACUCGCCCCGAACCUCACUUUACCAUUGUAGUUAUUUUUGAGUCCAAGAAGUCAGAAAGGGACUAUCAUUUUAUUUCUUUUCUCAAUGAAAUUUCACAUUCCCUUAAGAACUCCAAAGCUUUUGCAAGCUUGAAGCCUGGAUCCAAAGGGUAAAAUACAAACUACUUACAAGUUGUCAAGGCAGUAUGCCAGCCUUGGGGGAGUUGUAGCUUUCAAGGAUUACGUAAAUUCAUGAUUCUCAGAGUCUAAUUAAAAAGGAACCAUUAUUUUUAAUGUUAUAAGUUCCUUUUUUUUAAGCUAACAGACACUUGAAGAAAAGUAUUUUUGGGCAGUACUCAGUGGGGCAGCCUAAUUGUGGGGUGCUGAAUGGCCACAGUAGGAUUUUUUUUGUGUGGUUUUCAAUUUUCAGUAUGAUUUAUUUUUUCAGUCAACAGCUUUGUUGCCUGUAUCAGAAAAGGAAUAUGUGCACUUUAUCUUAGUCUGAUCAUUGACUGUCUUCUACAGAGUUUAUUGAAAAUGUGGUGAGGAUGGAAGAUACUAUCUUUUCAGAAAACUGCGUUGCCUGACAGGAAUGAUUUCUGGGAACUAAACACUGAUACAAGGGAAUAUUAAAAAAAGCAAACCUGCAAGGACACAUUUUAAAUAAAAAUAUGAGAAUCACAAAAGGCACUAUUGUUAAUUAUAACUUAGUUUUCAAAUGGUUUAAAAUUAUAAUUGAGGUCUCUGUUAAGCACCAGUCUUUAUUUCGAACACCCUGUGUCAUACAGCUUUGUCAUUGCUCCAGAAUGCAGGAUGCGGCAAGAAGAGCUGCAGCAUGGGCUGGAAGGCCAGUAUUCACUGGAGUGUUGUGACAUUGUGUGUCCAGUACCAGUCUUGGCUCAGAUUAACAGACGGAGACAAGCUGGGGUUGAGCAAGUAUUCUAGAAGGAACAGCUCCAUGGAAAAAGCAGCAAAGCUCUUUUCAAAUUGUGCUUUUGUUUGGCUAACUUGGGGGGGGGGGGGCAGUAGGAAAUGCCCUUUAAAUGAGUUAUUUUCUAAUUUGCUGUUAGGGUCAACCUGGAUUUGUUUUCAGAUUUUUAUAAGUAUGUAGUUUUUUCUUUCUGUUCAGUUUUAAAUAAUUUCACAAUUAAGCCAAAUAACAUUUGGAAUUUGGAGUUAAAUUUAUAGCCUAUGCAGUAUGUUUACCUCAUUCUAAAAUGUCUCUUUCACCAUUUACUUCUAGGCUGCAGGUUUGGAAAAAAUACGUUUUCUAGUUGCACUGAAAGUGCUUUAUUCUGGAAAUCGGUAUUUCCAAAUACAAAAAAAGGGUCAAUUUGGCUGUACCUGUAGCCUUAUAUUGCAUGACUCUUCUGACUGUUAGCUCUGCAGUUGUGCAAGCACUUUCAUGGGAAUUCAGGAGGACUGAUAUUGGUCUGCUGUAUGAUGUAUUUUAAGUGUGGUAAAGUUAGAUCCUUAGUUGACACUGUGUAAGGUAUAACAUCAUCAGGCUUAUUUUUAAAGGGAGUUUAAGUCAGAAUGUUGGUUUCUGUUAAGACUGAAAUAUAAAAGAUACCAUUGCAGAUGUGGCUUUUACUGAUUCCCUUUCUCUCCCACAAAAGGUUAUGGUAACUUGUCUUGGCUCUUGCUGCAAGUACUGAUUUCUUUACAAUGACAUAAGCAUGUUCUGUUCUUGAAAUGUAAGCUCUGACUUUCCACUUUGUGCCAAAUAGAGCCUUCCAUGCUUUGCUAUAAUUAUAUGUUAGUCUGUUGUGAAUAUCUGUGCUACUGCCUUUCACCUGAAGUCUUAGUCUGACUGCAGUAUCACUCUCAAAAGUUCAGAGUCUGCUCCUUGCCAUUGGAAAAUAACAGGAGUUGCAAAUACACCAGCAACUGGAGGGCACUGGUUGUAACAGCGUUACACUUUGCAGCUUGAAUUGCCCUUUUAACAGGACAAAGUUGCAAAUGACAGUAUUGAGAGAGUCUGUGUGCUUCCCUCUGUGGGACAGUGACCUUGUAAUAACAUUGUACUACUGACUUCCUCAGCCUGAGUAACAGAAGAGAGGCUGUCACCAGAACUGAUUCCCAGUCGUCGGCAGUGUAAUAAAGUGUUGUACAAAUUC